GAUAAAAUGAUAUCUCUUUUCAGUGGAAAUGCUGAUCAAACAAUUUUUUUUCUUGCAGCCAAGUACCAAUAAGCGUCAAGUGCCUUGUAGACUGAACCAAGCAGAAAGUUUUGCUUACUCUUGGACAUCCUUGUAGAGGUCCAACAGUAAGCAAGAGAGGAGAGAGGAGGUGGAGCUUGUUUACUCUAUGCUUGCAGCUGAUUUGAUUCUUUAAGGGCCACUAACACCUGGAGGAGCACUUGUCUCAUUCCCUCUUCACUUUUUCUUGGUUUCAUCUGGUCUCUCCUACUCUCACUGCUCUCCCUUUGUCUUAUAGUUUCCAAUGCAUUUCAAACCAAUUUCUCUGUUUGGUUCUUUAAUACUUCUAUGGCAGUGGGCCCUAAGUAAGUAACAAUUAACUAUUUUGCCACAAGUGGAUUUGGACUUCAGGGGACAGCUUGAAUAACUCACAGCUCCUUGCGGUACACGAGACUGGUGUGAGGAGCCAACAUCUCCCUGACAAGGCAUAAGCUGAGACUGAAGGGCUGAUAUAUACAAAGGCUCUUUCAAAGAGGCUUAUGAUGGAAAGUUCAGUUGGCAGUGACACGAAGAGGCCUGGCUUCUCCAUUGGCGAUUAUGCCGUUUUUACUGCCAUGCUUGCAGUCUCAAUGAGUGUUGGGCUCUACCAAGCCCUGAAGAAGGCCCCCCGUCAGACCAACAUGGAUGACUUCUUCACAGGUGGAAGGAGCAUGAGCGCUGUGCCGGUUGGACUCUCACUGUGUGCUAGCUUCAUGUCAGCUGUCCAAGUGUUAGGUGUACCAUCUGAGGCCUACCGGUAUGGACUGAAGUUCCUCUACAUGUGCGUCGGGCAAAGCAUCAACUCCAUCAUCACAGCCCUCUUCUUUGUCCCUGUCCUCUACCGCCUCAAGAUCACAAGCACCAAUCAGUAUCUCCGAAAGAGAUUUGGCAGGGGCAUGCAGCUGCUGGGGUGUGUGCAGUUUCUUAUUGCAACACUGCUCUACACAGGAGUUGUUAUCUACGCACCUGCCCUUAUUUUGAAUCAAGCCACUGGGUUAAACAUGUGGGCUUCCCUGUUUUCUACUGGACUCGUCUGCACUGUCUACACCACCAUAGGUGGGAUGAAGGCAGUUAUCUGGACAGAUGUGUUCCAAAUUGUGGUCAUGUUGUCUGGUUUCAUAGCCAUCUUCAUCCAGGGGACUAUUCUUGUGGGAGGACCUGCUAAAGUGUUUGAGAUUGCCAACAACGGCUCACGGUUCAACUUUAAUGAUUUUGAUGUAGACCCAAGGAAGCGCUAUACCUUCUGGAGUUUCAUAGUGGGGGGCACGCUUGUGUGGCUCUCCAUGUAUGCAGUGAACCAAGCACAAGUGCAGCGCUAUAUCUCAUGCAAAAGUGAACGGGAAGCACAAUGGGCCUUGUUAGUCAACCAGCUGGGCCUGUGGUUGGUGGUGGGUAGUGCUGCCCUUUGUGGAAUUGCCAUGUUUGCUCUCUAUUCAACCUGUGACCCUCUGGAAGCUGGUCACAUAUCUACACCUGAUCAGUAUGUGCCUUAUUUAGUCCUGGAUAUUUUUAGAGACCAUCCUGGCUUCCCUGGCCUCUUCUUAGCAUGUGCAUACAGUGGGACACUCAGUACUGUCUCAACCAGCAUCAAUGCCAUGGCUGCCGUGACUAUGGAGGACUUGCUGAAGACACAUUUGACCAACACAUCAGAGAGAGGACUUGUUUUGAUCUCCAAGGCAUUGUCUCUAUUCUAUGGCCUUGCCUGCAUCACUGUUGCUGCACUCUCUUCCCUAUUUGAAUGGGGAGUUCUUCAGGGGUCUUUUACCGUUAUGGGGGUGGUCAGUGGUCCCCUACUGGGUACAUUUAUACUGGGAAUAUUUGUACCAGCAACAAAUAAGACAGGAGUAUUUUCUGGUGUAGCGGUGGGAUUCUGCAUUUCUGUGUGGCUUGCAAUUGGAUCUACUCUUUAUCCCCCUACGCCACAAAUGAUGGGAGUUCUGCCUGCCUCCGCAGAACACUGUUUGUCCAUUAUUAAUACAACGGACAAUAACAGGACAGGAGGCAUUCACUACACCAGGCCACCCCUCUACUCUGAACCUUAUGGUUCUGGAGGUGUGCACGACUUCUAUUCAAUGUCCUACCUAUAUUUUGGGGCCUUAGCAACAACUAUUGUUGUAUCGGUUGGAGUUGCGGUUAGCUACGCAACAGGGCCAACCAAAAGAAGUUCCAUCAGUCCAGGGUUACUCUUUUGGGAUCUAGAGAAUAAGACCAUUGAGGCCAAACUGAUGGUUCAGACUCCUCAGAGUACUAACCUCAGACCUGUUGAUGGCCUGAAGGUUGAUGAAGAGGCGUUCCUUUGAAUGCGUUUCCUUUUUUUAAGUGUGGCAACGAGCUUCCAUAAACAUUUCAUGCAGCAAGAGGACAUACUUUUAUUGAACGGUCCCAAUAAUCUUGACUAAAUUUUGUGGGUUAAAUUACUAGAAAGCUCCCGCACACUGUUUUUAUUUGCAAUUGUAACUUUUCAUCAACGUUUCGGUCAGAUGACCAUCAUCUGACCGAAACGUUCUUUUCUGCUUAUUUUGAUACUGGUGACCCUGUGGUCCUCCUUGUCCAACGCACCCGUCCCAAGGAGGUGUGCAAAAGUACUCAACAUUUUCAUUGGGUUAAAUUACUAAAUGUUGUUACUUUUGUAUGUAGGCUGCAUUUCAUGCAGUCAUUGUGCAUACUUUAUUUGUGACAUGAAUGUCUAUUUUUGUGAGAACAAAAAAUAUACUAUCUUUCACUGCA